UUUAAUAUUUUGAUUCUUAGUUAAUAUUUACUAGGUAUAUACCUUAAUUUAUAGUUAAACUACUAUAUUGUUCAUUUAUUAAUUAGUUUAAUACAAACAAGGACAAUGACUUCAAUAUUACAAAAAGUGUUGGAUAUUCCCAGUGUACUUUCUCAUUUAUUGGAGGUUGAUAUUAAAGAUAUUACCAAUUGCAAAAUUUUGGGACAAGAACAAAAUGGAGAGUUUAUCCUUUGUUGGAACUUAAGUGGUCCAGGAGAAUCUUGUACUGCAGUAGGAUUGUUUUUUUACACCAUCAAAAAAAUACAAGUUUUAAUUAAGUUUAAACAUUUGGUGAAUAUUGUUCAAGCUUCGAUCAAUUAUAAAAACUCAGUUCUUGGCUAUGUAACCAAAGAGCCAUUUGAAGACUGUAUGGAAUAUUAUCGUGUUUUUAUCAUGCACCUUGACUAUCCUAAUUUUGAACCUGUUGAUUUAAAUGUUAACAACCGUCGCCAAACCAUGAUUCAAUUUUUAUACAGGAAACGUAAGCAGCCAGGCAACGAUCGCUUUUUAGUAUUUACUCAUGAAACAUCUAUAACACUUUAUCAAGUGGAGGAAACUGAUAAUGUAAAGAACCAUUUAAAUAUAAAAAAGCAAGAUCAAGUUGUGAAUCAAUUUUCAUGGGCUCAAUGGGAACCUCAGCAUCAAUGUUUAUUUUACAUUCAUUAUUCAAAUAUGGCUAACAGUAAUUCAGACGAAGCUAGUCUCUCCGCUUUACAAUUCCAUGACGAACCACAUCAUGAAACUGUGUUAAAUGUCCCACUAAACUUGCCAAACAGAAAAAGAAUAGCAGAAAAUCUUUCGAAUGGUUAUUUUGAUAUUCCUGUACCAUUAUGUGUUCAUGACAGUAUGUUAGAUGUUCGUGUAUUAUCGGAUGCACGAGGAUUUGUUGCAGUUUGUCAUUAUUAUUUAUAUCAAGGAGUUAGUGCUCCGUUAGCCAAUGAUCAUUUGAGAACAGUGUAUUUGGCUUUUUCCGUUACUCUUCUGCACCAUGGCAGUGUAGUUCAUUGCAAUAUAGCUGGUGUACCUAUGGUUCGUGCAUAUGAGUCUCGUCCAAUAUUCACCAUGCAAGGAGAUCAACAUUUAUUGGUGCACUUUCCCAACAUGUGUACAUUGCUUCUGGAUGUAGGCCCUGAUCAUGAACCAAACUGCCAUAUUGUUAUACCUUGUGCAGAUGAAAACAGAAGUUGGAAGAGUACAAUUGCCACAACAAUUGGGUCUGCGGGCACAGUUGUAGAUUUAUCUACAAUGGCUGUAUUUGAAACAAAAAUUACUAAGCGCCACUUAAUUGAAGCUUUUAAGCAACCAGAUGCCGUACUCUCCAAUCAACAAGCCAUAUUACACUACUUUAUUGUACACAGGCGAGACAUGGAUAUUGUUAACCAACUUUUAAAUUCGGUUGUGGACAAUGGUUUAAAUAUUAACUGUUCAAAGUUGUUGCAAGAAAUAUUAGUGGGAAGUGCUUUUGCCCAAGUCAGACGUAGUUUACUGUCGGAUGCUGUAAGCUUAGCAAGAUAUUUACCUAUUACAAUAUCUAAACAUAAUGUACCAUUGGAAGUUAGGGUGAAUGGAUAUACACUUUCUCUUUCUCAAGAAAUGUUAGAAAACCCUAGGGUUAUGUUGUUGUCUCCUCGACAGAGAUUGAUACCAUUUCGCGAUGACUUGUGGACAAGAUUAUGGGAACUCUUACCUGGUGGAUCUAUUAUAGAAGAUAAUGCUACUUCAAGACAAGAGAUUCCUCGUUUUUCAAACAUGACUGUCGCAGUCAAACUUAAUGUUUCAUUAAUAUGUUAUCAGCCUGAAGUACUUUCUCGAUGUAGUACCCCUCUGUCACCUGGAGGAUCGAUGCUUGCUAACAGUAUUGCAAACAUUGCAAUAUCUGAUCUAUCUCACUCGUUUCAUUCUUCAGCAGUACAAUUACCAUUUUUGGAAACCGAUACUUCAGCAGCCAGUAAACAAGAACAUGUCAUCUCUGUUAACCUCCGGGAACUGAGCAUGCAUCUGCUAAAACAAAGUUCAAUGCGUUCUAACAAACUGCGUAAUCGGUCCAUGUCCGAACCCAAUGCCAUGCAUGUACAUGCUGUGGCCACAAAGUAUGCAUCAUCUCAGUUAGAGAUCUCCAGAUCAUUGUGUGCUCAUCUAACGCUGGCCGCUGGUGUAGACACAAGAUUACAUAAGCAAAUCGGUUUUCAACUCAUUGACAACAUUGAAGACGAACAACGCCGAUCACUAUUAAUGGUGUUACAGAGACUCAUACAUGCUGCAGACACAUUGGCUUUCCCAUUGCCUCAAGGUUUUUCAUCAUUUAUCACAUACCUCGGAUACAAAGUCAUGUCAGCUACCAUGUUUAGUCAGUAUGUUCGAUGCAACACAUUUUUGCUCAAUGUGGAUGUUAUGAAGAAAAUACUAGGUGAUAUAAUCGACAAUAAAGAGGGAGUUUUGAAAAAAUUAGAUCUUUUACAAAGUUUACCGCAUUCAAGAGCUAAACGAUUAAUGAACCAAUGGUCUCAUCCAAUGUCUGUCAUGUUGAGAGCAAGAGAACAUGCUGCAGAGAUUUUGGGCGGUAUGUCAAUCAGGACUCCAAAUUACCGCCGCAAUGUAAAAUAUCGAUCAAAUUCAGGUGUAACUUCAGCUUUUCCAUCUCAAAAUCGCAUGUCACCACUGGAAACGUUUUUAGAACUCCUCACAGCUAAAGCCAUGUUGGCUGAUAUUGAUUACAACCUUCUCGUCGACGCUACUGUGGCAUCUACAAAAGAAAAUUUGUUCAAUUAAGAAUCAAAAUAUUAUGUAUAUUUUAUUUAAAAGUUGCACAUAAGAAAAGUCUUUUAUAAUCUUUGUAUAUAAAUUAAAUAUACUAUAUAUUAUUAUGUA